CUUCCCAUCGGGUGGAGGGUGGAGACGCUCUCCGCUUGUCGCUCGAUUCAAACCUCGCCCAUCCAUGCUGACCACCACCAGCAACCAGCUCUACCACUGCAGUGUCCACGGCCCUGACCACGACCUGUUCCUCUCGUAUCGAGUCGCCACCGAUGCUGCCACCGUCCAGUCCCUCAAGGAGGUGCUCACCUCGGUCGCCAAGCGCCGUUAUGGCCAACCCUUCGCCGUCUUUCACGACAUCGACUGUCUACGAGACGCAAAGAAGUGGAAGGACGGUUUCCUCGGCGCUCUUCCCCGAAGCAGAGUCUUUGUCGCUGUGAUCAGCCAGGCAUCGCUCGAGUCCAUGAUACAGAAAGCCGAGUCUGGCGUGGAGGACAACGUUCUGCUUGAGAUCAAGACCGCCCUCGACCUCGUUGACUCAGGAGUCGAUAUCUCGGUGAUGCCCCUCUGCGUAUCCAGCCUCGUAAAGGAUGGUGAGAAGGAAGUGUGGGCCGAUUGCCGGCCAUAUCAUGUUAUCAUCCCUGUUGAUUCCAAGUUCGACACCCUUCGAGCCGUCCUGAAGGGAUUGUCCGACAUCCAGAUGUUUGGCAUCCGUCCUGACCUGAUUUACAAGCGGGUCUAUCGUCUACUCAAUCUGCUCCACCCGAUUCAAGUGAAUGAUGGCACUCGUCAGUUACUCGACAGCCUAUUCUGUGACUCCAAGUUCCGAGUCGAUCCCGCCCACCUCGACACCCUGCUCAAGCAACUCACCCUGACUGGCCGCGCCGUCAUCUCCGGCAUGGGUGGCAUGGGCAAGUCCGUGCUCGCCCUCCAGAUUCUCCACUUUAUGAUGGGCACCCUCGACGUCAGCAACAAGGACGAUCUCAAGACUGUCCGAGGCGAUACCAUAGGUGUCGUACCGCAGUACAGCCAGGUCUUCUGGCUCAACUGCUCGACUGAGUCGACCGCCCUCGAUGGGCUGUGCGCGAUGUUUGAUGGUGUCGAACCAGAGAAGGUCAAGAAGCAUGCCUCCAAGUUCCUCGCCAACACCCACAGCUAUCUCCUGGUGCUCGACAAUGUCGAUAACAUCAGCGUGGUCGACUCUGUGUUUGAGCACUCCAAGUCGGUCGGGUUCAGCGGCGAUGUGGUGGUGACGACCCGGCUGGCCUCGCUGCCUCCCGGCGCAUUUGAAAAUGCUCUCAAGCACAAGAUCCCUGGAUACCGACACGGCCCACUCCGCCUGGGCACCUGGGACGAUACAACCACCCUGAGAUACAUUCUGUCAAUAUCGUCCGCCUUUACCGAGAGGACCAUUACCAAAGAAGAUCGAGAGGCUCUCAAGCGAAUAACGACCAAGAUAGACGGAUAUCCACUCGUCAUUCAGACAUUCAUGACGUAUGCCGAGAACAACGAGGUGCCGCUGUCCGAGGUCGAGAGACUGUUCUCCAAGGUCCUCGAGGAGCAGGAUGGCGAGGAUGACACGCGAUCGUCGCUCAAGGUGAUUGUGGAUCUGUCGCUGGACUCGCUGAUGAAGCGAGGAGAUGAGGGCAUCGAGGCAGCCAGGCUGUUCGGUGCCCUCAGUCUGGUGGCGCCGACCAACAUCCAGUUCGAGCUGAUCAAGGAGAUCGCACAGAAGAUGGAGCUCAAGACCGACGGUAAGUUGUCCUGCGUGGAGAUGCACACAGGAUGCGACUGAGCACCGCGGCUGCGUGUUGCUGACAUUGUCUCAUCACAGUGACUGAUCUGAUCAAGACGGUGAUCCAGAGUGGUCUCCUCCGAAGUGGAACCGAGGGACAAUACUCGACCCACUCGCUCACUCAGCAAGUGGCUCGAGAGUAUGUCCAGGCAAACAGUGAGCUGAAUUCCGAUGCGAUUGAAGAUGCCACUGGAGAAGCGCUGAUUGAGUUAACCAACUCAAUGGAUCUCAAGG